CUCCUUGCCCACCCGUCCGCGGCGUUGCCACCUUCGCCCUACUCUCCCAACUCAUCCACGCGUCCAGCUGCGCCGACGCCAACCCCGUCAGACGGCGACACUUGGUCGCCAGAUCACAAAAGCCAGCAACUCAAUAUCAUGGCUGUGGCGGAUCAGUUUACUUCGGAGCACUCGCCUCCUCCGUCAGCCACAAGUGUGUCUGGAUCGCCCAAAGUGCCCUACUCACUCUCGCACAACGCCCUCGCGCGAUCGUUUUCGGAGGGUGAAGCCUCUCUAAGAUCGUUUGCCAGACCUCCUAAGGUUCUUCCGGACCCUUCCCAGUUCCCAGAUCCAUAUCCUGUCCGGACAUCUCACUCACGCAUUUCGGAACGCAUCUCGUCAGCCCUGCCUUCCCUUUCAUCUGCAGGGUCGUCGUCGGCCUCGACGCGUUCAUCCGCGUACACGAGCUCCGGGAGUGCUUUGGCAUUCAGCGACCAUGGUCAUGUGGCCGUGGCGAAUGGAGACGAGGAGAUUGGCGUCGCUGUGGGAAUUGCAACUGAUGACGAGCAUCAUCUGCUUCCGGGUGAAGGCAGCUUAUCAGCUGCUGCAGGACGAACACCCAUUGACCAAGCUCGGUGGUCGGAAUACUCAGCCAGCAUUCGAUCGCGAUCUUCUUCUAUUGGUUACGGCAAUACUGGCAGUCUGCACGAAGCAGCUUUCCAUAAAAUGCGUGAAAACCAUGGUAUGGGUUGGCAGCCGGUGGAUGAGCGAGAUGAAGUUGGGUUAACCAGCGAAGAAGACACAGAUGACGUUGGUGACGACGAUGAAGAGUUGGAAAAAGGAGAGGAGAGGACUUCGGCGGUCGUGGUGGCUGAAGAGGGGCGAGGACUAAUUGUAAAAGGUGACGGUAUACCUGUUGUACAGCUGCAGAUAGAACCAGGAACUACCCAUCUUCUUAUCGGCUCUUCCAGCACUCCCAACGCUCUUCCAGCCUUUCUUACCAACAAUUUACCACCCAUUUGCAGCACCCUUCUGGCUCUGGAUAUAUCCACGAAUUUCCUGGUGGCCAUCCCGCCCAUCCUCGCUCAAUGCGUGUGUCUCGAGGAGCUCAACAUCGCGUCAAAUCCCUUACGCGUGCUACCAGUUUUCUUGUCGCAGCUAGUAUCUCUCCGUGUACUCAUCGCCGAUGCCACUGGGAUCAGUUCCCUCCCCGACUGUCUUUGCGAGCUCGAGAAACUCACUACGCUCAGCAUUCGGCGCAACAAAUUGCACUCUUUGCCUAGCUGGCUGUGCCUCCUUCCGUCACUACAGGAGUUCUACCUUGAUUCGAACCCAUUCCAAGGACCAUGGCAGGCGCUGGUUGAGCCCCUUCUUGCCAAGGCGCCUGUGACGUCUCUUUACCCACCAUCAACGCCUAUCGCUACGCCAACACCGAGCUUCUUGGAAUCCUCGGCAUCUGCAGAUACCGACACUGACGAAGAUGGAGACGACGAAGAUUACGAAUCCGAUCCGCCGAGUGCGGCUGAAGCGCAUGGGACAAUGCUCUCUCCUGAAGACGAAACCAUCACUUCUGCCAGAGCGCCUAUGUUUGGUCGUGCCCUUAAAUCACCUAGCAUGUCCAUAUCCGAAUCAGCGACUGACCGUGGUCUCGUGCGUACUCGGACAGCGCCAAACAGGUCCCCUAAUGGUAGACCACGGCCUAAAACGGGGCAUGACCAAGAUAUGCCAAAGUCUCCUCGGCGCCCAGAGGAUUCAGGUUAUUACACGGAUCACGACAUACGCAAAAUGAAGAGCGCAAGUGAGCUACGUGCCAAGUUUGAUGUCUCCACCCCUUCACCCGAGAUACCACCGCAACCUCCUCUUGGAUCAAUUCGUUCAUCGGCAUCAAGCAGCAAUUUACUUGCAUCCGUACCAAGCUCACCGGAGGCGGACCGUGUCGCGGCACCAAAGCGGUAUGCUAGUCUAGGCGUAGCUUCAGCCCUCUCAGGAGGCCCGUCCCGGCCAUCGCUUUCACAGGCAUUCGAUGAUCUUCCUCAACAAGCCGAACUCAGGCCCGCUUUCGACAGCAAUGAGGCUAAUAGGGUAUCUACAGCCACAGCUACUCCCCCGCGGCCAGUCACACCUGGUGAAAACCACGUGCAAACUUCGCUCCCUCCAGAGAGACAAAAGACUACGCGGGCACAUCAUGGCAAAGACAGUAAAGAAGGGAAAGAGAAGACAGGUCGCUGGGGCUUCCUCAAGAAAAUGUCCAUGGGCAAGAUGAGACCAGACCCUCCCGCAGCUCGGCCCUCUACCGUUCACGGCCGUGUAUCGCGCCCAGAAGCUUCUUCGACAGUAGCGCAUGUGCCUGCGCUUGUUCCCGGUCCGACCUCCCCACAAAUCGAUGUACGAUUCUCGACAACGGGCAGUCUUGGCGGUUUUAAUGCAUCAACACCCUCAGUACCAUCUGUGCAGGAGGGAGGUACCUCAGGAAAUGAUACUCCGACCUCAAUGCACGGACUGACGUUACAGAAAUCAAGCUCGGUUGGAAAUCUCCUUAAUCCCUCAUCACCCGUUCCGCGCUCUGCUAGGAGGCGUAGCUUCCUACCCGUUGAUGGCUCAGGAGUUCCCAGCUUGAACACGCCAUCUGAUAUUUCUUUGGCUAGCCAACUGGAGGAUCCACGGGGACCCAUUACCGUCCUUGCUCCCACCGUUCCCAGCAACGAAUUCAGUGCUCGUAGGGAAGAGGAUAGAGCGCGGGAGGCAUACACGCGAGCCUUGCGUUCUGUCAUGGCUUACCUGAAGGAUAUGAACGAUCUCACCCAGAACCAAGGCAACACUCUCAGCAUCUAUGGUGACGAUAUAACUGGCCGUUCAAGAAGACCGACUAUUCUAGAGAGUCGGCAAAACUCCGAGAACUCUAUUGGGUUGAUAUCACGCGCAAACUCACAGAUUGGUGGUCAGCUCCGAUCACCAGACGCGAUGGCCAGCCUAAGAGCCGACGGUCCAUCGCAGACGGCGAGUGUGGUCACUAUGGACAGUGACGGGUCUUCUGAAGAACGCAAGUACAAAGACGAUAAGAGCCAGCGAAGUCUCAUUGUGCGAGAGAUCAUCGAAACCGAGCGCACUUAUGUUAAGGGUCUGCAGGGCUUGGUAGACAUCUACAUCAGACCAAGCACUGCACCUGUUAAUCUAAUCAGUAAUGUCGGGACAAACAAAGAGACCACUAUUCCGGCGGCAGAACGCAAGAUCGUUUUUGGCGGAGUAGAGGCUUUGUUUUCGUUCCACAAGGAAAGCUUCCUUCCCGCACUGGAGGCAGCCGCGGACCCUGUCAUGAGGAAAGCAUCUACCGAAGGGAGCGAUCCAGACGGUCAGCUGUCCAUCAACGUUGUGAAGGCUGUUGCAGACAUAUUUAUGAAGCAUGCCGCUUUCAUGAAGAUGUAUUCAUCGUACAUCAAUAACUUUGACAACGCCGUGCAGCGUAUUAAAUACUGGUCCAGUGAUCGGCCGAACACUGGCAAUUCGACGCCGUCAGGGACACUGUCGCCAUCGUCUAGUACCGCUCAGCUCGUCAACAUGGGUUUGGUAACCGCACCUGUUAUGCCUCACUCACAGAGUGAAACCUCGUCUGGCAAUAUGCCCUCUCUAAGCUCUUCCCAACGCAAGCGGAUCAAGCAAUUCCUGAAGCGUUGCCGGUUGAACCCUAAGCAUACCCAGCUGAACCUAGAAGGUUAUUUGCUUUUGCCCAUUCAGCGGAUACCCCGAUACCGCCUUCUUUUGGAGCAGUUGCUCAAGAGCACCCCUCCGACGAGCACAUUCGCAGAUAAUGCUCUUGACAGGGCACUUGUCGAAAUAUCAUCCUUGGCCAACAACAUGAACGAAGGCAAACGGGAGUCAGAAUCGCGACGGAAACUUGUCCUGUGGCAGGCUAGAAUCCGCGGCAAGUUCCCAAGUCCUUUGGUUCAGCCUCAUCGUCGACUUAUUAUGGAUGGACCUUUGCUGUUGACGCGAGUUGUGCGGAAAACCAUUGUUUCGUUUGAGAGUUUCAAUGCUCAAGGCGACGCAUCGUCUGUGCAAGUUGAAUGUCUAUCUCCGGAGUUGACCCCUCGACCUCUCGUCGGCAUCCUUUGCAACGAUCUUCUCGUUCUCUGCCGUGAUACCUCGGAUGGAAAAGAUCCAAAUUCAUAUGUCGACCUCUGGGCAGUCCUCAGAAUGCAGACUCUGCCCCAGCCAGCCAGUAUUGUGCACGGCAAUGCCCUGCGAUUGGUUGACAACAAAGCCAUCCUCUACUUUGAUGCGCCGUCGCCCUCCGAUGCAUUGAAUUGGUUCAGAGCCAUCAACCUCCACAUCCCAGCAUCCAAAACAUAGACUUUCGCAAUUAUAUAUGUAUGAAUCAUUGUCCGUGAGUAGGCGUUCAAAGACAUGAAUCGCCGUGUGUUUUUUCUCUUCUUUUUUGCUCGAGCUGCCAUGGCCAAGUGACCCUCUGGUGUCGUGCUGGUGCAGUAAUAUAUAUCGUAACCACUAACGUCCCAUGCAUGUGGCAUCCUUACUCUCAUUUCCUUCUCACCAUUUGUAUCAAACCCAUUCAUUACAUUUCUUUCACUCUUGUCGAGUCGACAGUGAUAAAAUAGAGACAGACUUUAAGAUGAU